AGUAUUAAUCUGAAGUCUUCUCUGACUAGUUGUAUUGAUAAGUUUUUAGCACACCACUUGUAGUUAAUUAAAAGAAAUAAUUGCACUGUGAACUUACGAAAAUGAUUUUCUACACGAUUUUCGCACUUGUUUUUGGGGUUAUAGUUUAUAUUUGGUAUAACGCGAGGAAGGCCUUGUCUUAUUGGAGUGAUAGAAAUGUUCCAGUACUCAAGCCAAAAUUUCCAUUGGGAAACCUCGGUGAAGUUGGAAAGAAACAUAUUGGAGAUGUAUUUGGAGACGCAUAUCUAAAAUUGAAAGGGAAAGAGCCCUUUGCGGGUUUCUACAUGUUGAUGUCACCCGUUGUAGUGCCACUGGACUUGGAUUUCAUCAAAGAUAUCCUCAUUAAGGACUUCCAGUACUUUGCUGAUCGUAAAAUAUUCUACAAUGAGAAGGAUGAUCCAUUGUCAGCCCACUUAUUUGCUAUUCGUGGAGAAAAGUGGAGACGUUUCAGACAACAAUUGACUCCCACAUUUACAUCAGGGAAGAUGAAAAUGAUGUUCCCACUCGUGAUUGGUCAAGCGAAAAAUCUGCAGAAGUAUAUUGACAAACAUAUUAAUGAAAGUUAUAUGGAACUCAAGAACGUCUGCAUACGAUUUACGGCUGAUGUUAUCGGUAUUUCUGCUUUUGGACUGGAAUGUCGUGCAUUGUUAGACGAGGAUUCGGAGAUCCUCAAAGUAGGGAAACACUUUUUUUCUUUCAAUACAUUUGUGAAACAAGUUAAGUUCUUUUUCUCGAUGGUUUGUGAAGAUUGGGCUCGCAAACUGGGCUUACGCUUUAAUCAUCCGGAAAUGGAGGAAUUCUUCAUGAGGGUUAUCAAGGAAACGGUUAGACAACGAGAAGCCGGUAUUAUUGAUAGAAAUGACUUCAUGAAACAUCUUAUGGAAAUCAAGAAUUCUUCGAAGGAAGAUGGUGUUCUUAGUAACUUGACAUUUAAUGAAUUGGCUGCUCAAGCUUUCAUUAUCUUUUUCGCUGGUUUUGAAACAUCUUCUACAACAAUGGAGUGGACUUUGUGCCACUUUGCUUUGUAUCCUGAGAUUCAAGAACGAGCUCGUCAGGAAGUCAGGGAUGUGAUGAAGAAAUACAAUGGAGAAUUGACGUAUGAGGCCGUUCAAGAGUUUACCUACUUGAGACAAUGCAUUGAUGAAACUCUUCGGAUUUACCCUCCUGGUGUAUUACUCUUUCGUCUGUCCGUUGAGAACUACAGAGUACCAAAUACAGAUCUAAUUAUUGAGAAGGGUACCCAGGUACUCAUUCCUGUAAUGGGUAUUCAUAUGAAUCCGGAUAUUUACCCCAACCCUCAUGUAUUCGAUCCUGAUCGUUUUACUUCGGACAAUAGCAACAAUCGUCAUCCUAUGGCUUAUUUGCCUUUUGGUGAUGGCCCAAGGAAUUGCAUUGGAAAACGUUUUGCACUAAUUCAAGUGACAGUUGGUCUCGCCUACAUCUUAAACUACUUCAAAUUUACAAUGAACUCGAAAACUAAAUUACCCCUCGAGAUUGAUCCUACAGAUAUACCGCUCCAUGUUAAAGGAGGGGCUUGGUUCAACGUAGAAAAGCUCGAGUAAUAACAGCAAUAUCGAUAAGUAAUUCACUUGAAUUGCGAUAAUAGCAUAUAUUUGUUUUUGUUUAUUAUGGUAUCAAAGGGAAAUUAACUUUUGAGGUAAAAGGGUAAAUAAAUAAAGUAUGACAAUCUGUG